AUGGUUUCUUUUCAAUGCGAGGCCUGUGGCGACGUCCUGACCAAGAAGAAACUCGAUCCGCACCGCAAUCAAUGCCGGGGCGCCGUGUUUACCUGUAUCGAUUGCAUGACGACUUUUCAAGGCACGAGCUACAGAGCACAUACAAAAUACCAGGGCGCUUUAUAUCGCGAGAAGCCUUCCAAGGCCGCGAAACGAAAGUCUGUAUCCAUUGUCGAGCCAGAGAACGAAAAGGCUCUGGUGCCCCGUCCAGCAUACGUUGAAGACGACUUCGAUAUAGAUGCGCCUCCACACGUUCCCACUCCUCCUCCCGCCGUGCCGGACUCAAAUCGUGACAGUGUCUUUGAUUAUAUGGUCGACGAAGGCAGUCAAAUAGGCACACCUCAGAUAAGCUUCACAAAGGAUAAGGAGGAAAUGUCAAUGAAGCAGACCGCUCCGUCAAUUUUCUCCAGCAGUCGGCCAUCCAGCCAAAAUGGGUAUCACAACGCAGAAGAGGAGGAGCGACAUAGCAAGGAGUACGAAGAAAACGGCUAUACGUGGGGUGCAGCACCAGUCAAGCCCCGAGGUGGGUUAGACAUGAACAACAGCACACUGUCACUCGAAUUCAUGACUCCGGCGGCGAAGGAGACGAAAUCCAAAUUAGACAAAAAGGAAAGACCACGGGUGCAUAGCCGGACGAACAGCGGCAGUGAAAAGAAGCGGAAGCGCGCCACGGAUGAUCAAGUCCACGAGCUGGAAGGGGACACCCUGAUGGCCGAUGCGGUAAAGGUGGACACACCAGUGAUUGUGCACUCUGGACUCACGGGUGGGUUGAAUCGAAUGAUGUCCCAAGAUGAGUCGUACCCAUUCCGUCGAUCUCCUGAUCCCAACGACAAACGCGUGGUAGUCCAGAAAGAGCGCACGACUCGUCGAAGCUUGAAACCAGAAGACCCCACCUCUCCGUUAAAACGCACUCGACACACCAAGGAGGAUUCCAACGGCCUUGGCAUCUCGAUCAAAGGUCGAGCAGUUCGAGCGCUUUCAAUGGUGGGCGGAGCACUUCUUCCUAGCCAGGUCGAGAGCCAAAUGGCCAACACCAAAACGCGGAGGAGAGCCAGCUCGUCGGACCAGGGGAACAGUCUCUCCCGAAUCCGCGAUGGCGAGAAGCGAGAGAGAAAAAAGCACAAGGUCCAUCGACAUAAUGGUACUGCAUCCGCCAAUAUUCGACAUGAACACCGCUCGCGCCGCCGGUAUAGUGACGAAUCGCCUUCGCGAUCGCCAGGCGAAGGCACGACACGCAAACUCAAAGCCAUUGAGUACCACAAACACGACGAUUCUGGCUCUGACACGGACUCGGAUCCCAUGCACCAGCAUAGCAACGGUGCAGGCAGACGCAAAAGCACAAAUGGUGCAAUGGUCGUGUUCGGCGCAGAAGAAAAGACGAAACGUGCUUGCCGCAGUUUCCUCGCCAAUGCACCCGGACUCGACUCAGACAAAGGAUAUUCCAUUCACAAGAUGCUCAAGCGAUGGCAUAAGCAUAACGAUGUCCGAAGCAACACUUCGAAGAUGGAAGAGGAGCAGGACUUAUGGCGGGCGUUGAGAAUAAAGCGGAAUGAGAAGGGCGAGUAUGUGGUGUUUUUCUGA